AAGUUGAGAACCAGAGUCAAAGGCAAUGAGCAAUUAAAAAUCAGCUGGCGAAUUUUAAAAUGGACCUAAUAAAUACCAGAAACAUCUCUCAAAUAUGCUGAAAGUAUUCUUUACGAAUGAAUAAUUCUUAUAAGCAUUAUUUAUCAGUUGUCAAAAUAAACUGUAAAUGUAUAUAAUCUACUUUACGAUGGAUUGAUUUAUCACCGAGCAAAUACGAAACUAUAGCGGCUGAAAAUUGGUCUCUGACUUUUCGCAAAGUAUUGUGGGAUUGUCGUUUGUAUUGUUCAACAGCGGGAAGUUUGUAAAAAAAAAAAAUGUAAAUUUUAUUUAUGAACUUUGCUCUCUUGAACUUGGAAAUACUGGUCUUCUUUUUUCACUGAAAAUUGUUUGUAAGUUAGUGCUUGUAUAAAAAAACAUAUUACUUAAAAUGGAUAUUGAUGAAUAAGAUGUGUAAACAAACAGGAAAUCUUUAACUUCGUGUUGGUUUAAUUUUCUGUAGAAAUGUAUAUCGAUCGCCGUCAAAAAUAUCAAGUGGUUUUUCUUAUUGAUAAAUCACUGAAAAAUAUUCGUCCUGCAUCUAACAAUAGUGAAAGAAGUCAACAGAAGAAUUCCAGUCAUAAAUUUAGUGAGGUUUCGUCUCCGAAGUCUGGAUCUCAGAACUGCUGUUGUCAUCCACCGAAAUCAUAUUCAUGGAAAUCCAUAUCUGUAUCAUCAUUUCGUAUUCUUUCUUAUCUGUUUUCACAGAUUCAACCUCACGUUAUUUCAGAUCACGACACCUCAAGCUCUGCUAAUGAUAUCAGUUCAAAUUUAAACAGUCGUUUAAGCGGUGCUGUUAAUCAUUUGGUCGGUAAUAGUAACCAGUGUAACGAUCCAAAUGACUGUUCGGCCGAAAACUUAAAGGAACAGAGUCAACAGAUCGUGUAUUUGAAACGGAAACAGGCAUCGCUCCAGUGGGGUUAUAAAUUUUUUGACUCUGGAAAACUCACCGGUAAGACUGAACAUCACAAAUUCAACGACUUCAAACUUAGACAUUUCGAAGAAUUCGAAAAAGAAUUACAAAGAGAGUUCGAAGAUGAUGGUUCCAGCGCGCCGACCCAAUCAGGGAGUAAAGUUGUUGACAGCAAGGUCAACAGUGGACAUUCUUCCGAAAGGAGGAAGUCGAACAGUCCAUCAGCAGCUGAAUGUUUGAAAAGGACUUUAUCCUAUGCUGUCUACGACUUCCAUUGGGAAAGUCCAGACAUCACGUCUCCCGUCAGGAAGAUCGGAAGGAGUAGUAUUCGGUCUUCCAGAAAACACAGUGCCAUUGUUUCAAGUGAGGUUUCUCCACACAACUUAGUCUUUCUUUUCCAGAAAUGUCCGACAUCUAAAAUGGAAUUCAAAGACUUUGCUGCUAAACUUGUUGUUGAUUCAGAAGUGUUUUUGGACUCGUUCAUGCCUCCGGCUCUGUUUAGAGAAUUUCGAGUUAAUCGAAACCUAUCACUUUAUUGGGUUGACCAAGAUUGGUUAAAGCAUGAGGAAAAGAUCUCCAGCGAAAUGGUAGAUUCAAUCAAUAUUGUAUCUGAAGCUUUAACUCAACUAGGAGGAAAACUUAUACCAUUAGAUGCCUUAGUAAAUACUGGCAAAACAUACUGGUCCUCUGUACACACAGUUACAAGGCAGAUUGAGGAAAAGUCUUCUCUGACAAAAAAUGAACAUCCAAAACCAAGUGAACAGCCUGUAGGUUUCCAGAGUAUGAGUGAUACAGUUGGCAAGGAAGACACACCAAAAGUCAAUGACCUCCCUCGUUCUCCAGAUAGUAUUGGUAAUAAAUGUUAUGAUCAACCAUCAAGAUGUGUCCUUCCUGUAACCUGCUUACUUGACUAUUUCAUCUCCAAGCCAAACAACUCUAGUGUUACACCAGUUAACAAUUCCAGCCAAAUUUGCAACCCAAGUAGCAUAUGCUCCAUUCAGGCUAGAUUAACUUAUCACAAAGAUGAACGAGUUCAAGAUUUGUGCUCUCUGCUACUUGUACCUUCUAACAACUCUUUUAAGGAAACUUUAAUUAGAAAUAACUCAACAGAUCAUGAUUGUGGUGUCAACAAAAAUCUUGUGUCUUUCAUGGGCAAACACAGCUUAGAUAAAAUAAUGUCUCCUUUUGAAUUUGUCGUUGAAAAUCCUGAGAAACUGCCAUCCAAUUCUUCAGCUUCCACUUCUAAAAAUAAGUUUUUAACUCGAUCUACACAACAUCCAUUAUCAUUACAAAUGGAAAUAUAUGGUUAUCUCGAAACUUCUGAUCUCAACAACUGCUCCGAUCAUGUGUUUUUCUGUACACCACUUCCAGAACAUUCAACCUCAUAUCCAACCAGUUCUACUCACAUUAAGCAAUCUCUAAGAACAGUACACAAAGGAACUUCAUCAAAGAAAAACAUCAAAGAAAGAGCAUCCUCAAAAAUAGCCAUGUUCCAGAAUUUACUCCUCAGUUUGACUAAAACCAAUUUACAUUUGAUGGUACAACUUAAAAUCGAUGAGGAAGCUGCACCCUAUAUAGGUGUCCUAGAACCUAUCACUAUCAAUCUUGCUGCUGUGACAAUUCUUCCAAUGGGCCUCAAUAGACAACUGAAAGAGCUUUUCCCUGUUUUUCCAGUUUAUGGACAUUGUUCUAAUUCAGAAAUUUCUAGUGCUUGUGAUUUUGACAAACUAGAUUCUGUUUUACAGCAAUAUUCCACCAAGAUAAUACAUUCUAAACAUUUCACCAAGGAUCAAUCAGAUAAAACCUUACCAGAAGCACUGUCUUCUCAUACUGUAUUUGAUUCUUCUAUUUUAAACAAAUGGACAAUUCCUAAUGCAGAAAAUCCUGAAAUGACAAAAAUGUCUAAAUUAUUCUGUAAAAAACAGCUCCAUACAAAGGAAAUAGAAUUGUUGAAGAAACUGAAACAGUUAUAUCGUAAAGCUAACAGCCCUUCUAGAUUGGUAGACAAGGGAUUAUUAGUUGAUGAAAAACCCUCAAAACCUGAUACAAACCAAGCAACUGAAAGCUUUUCUCAGAAGGCUGACAAUCUGAAACCUUGUCUCCUGAAAAAACUCCGUAGUUUUACUCUUGGUCCAACUCGAGCAGAAAUGAUUCUCUACAAAAGCAUGGCAGUUGCUGAAGAGUUAAGUAAAGCUGAAAGUGAAGAACCAGUUUCGUGUAUGCAACAGAAUGAAGAUUCCAAGCAGAUUCUUAAUGAAGUUAACACACUUGUUAAGUGUAUUACUAAUAAUAACGAUCUAAUUGACUUUGUUAAUCAGUCUUAUGCAACAUCCCUCCAAGAGAAAUUGGAUCCUUGGAAGCAGAUCUAUCAAGUUGUAAAUGUAGUCCUUAAUUAUAUAAAACCUCACAAUACAGACAAUCCAGAAACAGAAACCAAGAAAUUUUUGGUGGAACACUUGUAUGUUUCUUGUUCUGAUCUGCGUCAUAAAUACAAAAAUCCCGAAUUAGAGAAAGAGACCAAAAUACAAGAAUAUAAACUUCAGAUUAUUCUUCGAAUGGAAAUUCAGUGCCUUCAAUUAGUAUCUGAUAAAACUGAAACUCUUGACACAAAAGACGAUGCUCACUCUACGGAAUCCUGCGUAGAAGAUGUAGUUACAAUGUUACGAACAUUGUCUUUCAUUUCAGAUCUCACUUUAUUGCCUUUCUUUCUCAGAGACGUGUUACUCAAGAAUUACAGCCACUCAAUGCCACAGGUUGUAGCUAAUAUAUAUGAUGAACUGAUGCAGCCAGUGCCCAGUGUCCUGGCUGAUGUUAUGUCACCCGAGUCAGAUGCACCUUCAACGCUUUGUCCUUCUGUGAGUAGCUUUACUGUCGAUGAAUCUCUGAGAGAGUUUUUACCCAAUGCAGUCCUGCAAACACAAACCAAGAAAUCUAAAACCAAGCAGGUGUUGCCAGGUCUUGGGGAAAGACUCAAUCGGCAGAUCAUUGUCGGUAAGAAAUCUAAUGCACAGGCAGUAAAGAAACGUCUUUCUAAAUCGAAAUCUAGUUCUUCGGAUAAGAAAAGGACUGGUGCUGCUAGUAGUACUAAAGACACUGUUAGGGCCAGGCGUAGCCUCUUCACAAGUGAUAGCAGGAAGUUAGAGAGACACCGUUCGUUUGCUGUGACAGAGAGAGAGAAGUCCCAUGCUCAUCGGAGGCAUAGACAUCACAAAGAUUCAGUGAAAAGCAAAAGGAGAAAAACAGUUGUUGCCGAGACUCCUGCACAUAAACAGGUGUCCCAGGUAAUGCGGCGUUGGCACCUACUGCAGAGCAGACUGACAGAGCCACUUGAAGUAUUGGCAAAAGGUCAAUCAAACACUGACCACAAUUUACCUUUGGAACCAAAGUCUUCUAGACUUGUAAUUGAAGAGUCACCCUUGAAAGAGAUAGAAAGCUCAAAACUAUCAAGUUCAGAGUGUAACCACAAAACAAAAGUUUUGAUCCGAAAAGGUUUCUAUGGCUUAAGUCGAAAUCGCUUACAAUCCAGAAAUUUUGCAAAGUAUAUGGGACUGGCUGACCGUAUUGCUGGGCGCCAUGACCGCUAUGCCAAAUUGACUACUACUACUUCUUCUUUCACAGAAAACAAUGCAAGCAGCCAAUCACCACUGGAUCAACCCAAUACAUUUGCUCUCUCUCAACUUAUGGGGUUCCCGUCACCUAGUACUCCCAAAUUUGACAACACUUCUAUUACAUCAAACUAUACACCAAAUCCCAAAAGUGAAGCUUUUCCUUUUAGUAGAAGCCCAGUAAUCCGAAAACGUUCUUUAGACAAGCCACUUGUUAAACAAGCUCUUUUUACAACUCCAGAAAAAACAUCAAUGCAAUCAUCAACAUCAUCAUCAGUAUCUACAGCUCACUGUAGUGGUGAUAAACAAUUAAAAUCAAAUAAGUUAGCACUUGAGAAAAGCGAGAGUAGCAUAUUUAAAACGCCUACAAAACAAGCCCCUCAUUGUUUAAAAACUCCUGAAAAGUCUGUAGUUACUCCAGAAAAUAAACAGUUAAAUAACUUCAAUGAAUCCAAAGUGAUUGAAAAUGUAAGUAUUGUUACUCAAAACAAAUCUUGCAUAAAUAGUAUGUCACAUGAGUCACAAAGAUUCGUUGCAACUUCAGGAACUCUUAAAAGAACUCCAGUCAAAAGACAGAACAACGGUGUGCAUGAAACUAGUAGUGUCAUUUCACAACCAAAAUCUAAUGCUGUUUCUGGUGAGGAAGAUGCUUCUCAUAGAAACAGUGUCUCCACAUCAUUAAAUUUACCAACAAAAGUUUUACAGACUCCUUCUACACCAGAUUCUUUAGAUAGGUGGAAACGUAAAAAGUACUAUUAUUGCAACAGAGAGAAAUCGUCUAACAUUUGUCUUUCAUCUGCAGUUCCCAAUCAAGGUGUUGCAGAUAAGUCAAACAGGUGUUUACGUCUGGACACUGAUUAUGAAACUUUUCUCAAUCUACUUGGUAAUAAGCAUUCAAAACGGAAAGCUGGAGUUGAUUCUAAUGUUGCAGGUUUCUCAAAUAAGAGAAGAAGAUAUAACAACUAAAGUCUUCAAACUGUUUCAUUUAAAUUUCAUAAAAUGAAUUAAAAUAUAUCGGAAGUUUACUUACUUGUACAUAAGUUAGUUUAAAAUUUUUUUUUUUUUUUUUUAAGUAGCUUCCAACAAAAAUUUCAUUAAAGUUUUAAAAUGUAAAAUUAAUAUAUUAUUAAAAAAAAAAGUAAAAGAA